GCGGAAGUCCUGUUCGCGUGAGCGUGUGCUGACGUAGCGACGCUUUAGACAGAUGUAAAUACAGAUUUUCAUCAUGAAAAUAAACGAGAACACAUUACUGGAAGGACAAAAAGUCGUUUUGGUGCCAUACAAUGCGGAACAUGUGCCGAGGUACCACGAAUGGAUGAAGUCUGUGGAGCUACAGCAGCUGACGGCCUCAGAGCCUCUGACUCUCGAGCAAGAAUAUGAUAUGCAGCGCAGCUGGAGGGAAGAUGCCGACAAGUGCACCUUCAUCAUCCUGGACAAGAGGCGCUGGGCGGACUCUGGCGCAGAGGAGGCGCAGUGCAUGAUCGGAGACGUCAACAUCUUCCUGACCGACCCUGGGGAUCUUUCCUUGGCUGAGCUGGAGAUCAUGAUAGCAGAGCCCAGUUAUAGGGGUAAAGGCAUUGGGAAAGAGGUGACGCAGAUGAUGAUGCACUACGGGGUCGCCAAACUAGGCAUCAGCAAAUUUCAAGCCAAAAUUGGCUUGGACAACGAGGUCAGCAUUGCUAUGUUCAAGAAACUCGACUUCCAACAGGUGUCCGUGUGUCAGGUGUUCAAGGAGGUUACCUUGGAGACGGCGGUGGACGAGUCGCUUCAUCGGAGGCUGUUGCAGGAAGUCGGCCACGUGAUCGAGCGGGACUACCGAGCGUCCCGCGGAGUGAGACGGGGAGCGGCGUCACAGACGGUCACGGACACUCCCAUGUGAGCUUGAGGCGUAGCCUCAGCACGUUUAUUUCAAGGCGUGAUCACAUUACAAGAGGAACGCCGCAAAGUGGCGUGAGAAGACAAAGGACGCUUUUUAAAAACAGCCGGUUGUACAAAGAGCGACAAUUCCAUAGGAAUUUUCACACGUGUCCCCCCCCCCCCCUUUUUUUUGUUUUUCUGCGUGAACGAGAAGCGACGGCCACCUUAAUGAGAAGAUUUUUGUUAGUUUUAGCUUUUAGACGUUUGCAUGGAUUCCAGGAAGUCCUUGACGGCGCCGGACAGGUCGCUGAGGAGAUGGCGGAACACGCCCUCUUGAUUACGGGCCCAGGUCAGGCUUUGGUCCAAGGCGGCAUCCACUGACAAGCACACGUCCUCCCGCUUCAGCUCCGUCAAUCGGCAGGUGGCAAUCAUAAUGGCUGCGCUGAGGAGCAGCAGCAGGGAGAGCUUGAAGAGCAUGCCGAGCAACGAGCGGCAAGGCUUGGACGCCGCCACCGCUCCGGACUUCUUCCCAGCUGAUGCGACACAAAGACAGAAGAUGUUUUUAAAAAGUCUGAUUGUUUUGUUUUUUUUUUAUCCAAGAAAGUCAUCUUGCAAGAAUUGCCUGUUUAUGACACAAAAAAAAUAAAAAUAAAGUCCUUUCCUUUUUUUAA